CCAACUACUGGCAGGCUGCAACACCCUGCGCCCUGGGAUCCAUGCUUCUGAACUUACCCACUGGGAUGUUUCACAAGAGGCCAGCUGGGAAGUCAGAGGGAGCCAAGAGGAAGGGAUGGAUCCUGGUCACCAUUUAGAAACACUGCAUCACAAUGGUGAUCAUGAUGCUGUGAAUGUCUCCUCCUGGGUGUCGGUGUGUCCCAGAGGCCUCUGGGAAGUCCAGCAAAGGCGAACGUGUGAGGGGAGUCAACAGACUGUUCCUAAUUCUGGAAAUGACGCAUCGCGUUCAUCCAGGUACUGUCCAAGGUUGGGUUCCAUGUGUCGAGUACGAGUGUGGCUCAGAGCUGACAUGGAUAGAGCAGAGAGUUUAGUAUCAGAAAAGGGAAACGAGAAGCUGUCAGCCCAACCUGACCAGUCACUCACUGAGGUUACACAAGCAGUGGCCACGGCCUUCCCGAGGUGUCAGGACUCCGUGCUGCAGGUCCCACUGGGUGACUGGACAACACUGAGGCUAGGGGAGGGUCAGUGCGAUAUCACAGAAGCAUGCGUGGAGGGGAUGAGAGCAGGAGAGAAAUGUGAGAUACUGAUUUCUCCGGUGACAAAUGGUCCAGAUGUCUCCGUUCCCCAUCCUGCUGAGGAAAGCCUGCCUUUACGUGCGACAGUUGAACUCAAAGCUUUCACACCCGGCAAGGAAUCCUGGGAGAUGUCUCCUGCCGAAAAGUGGGAGUGGGUGAAGUCGCACAAAGAGAGGGGUGGAGUGAGAUUCAGGAGCGGGGAUGUGUGGGGAGCAGCGGACAGCUACAGUCGGGCCCUCAAACUUCUCAUCACACUCUAUGGCCAUGUAAGAGAGGUGGAGAGAAAAGGACAAGAGCAGGGAGCGGAGGAACAGAGAGACACAGUUGAUGAAACACAGCACCUUCCUUCAGCUAGUGAAUUCAAAACCAUCAAAGCAGAGCUCCACUCAAACCUGUCCCUGUGCCAGCUUAAACUGAACCAGCCAGAGAAGGCUAAGGCCAGUGCGGGUAAAGCUACUCAGCUGGAACCAGGUGGGGCUAAAGCCUGGUACCGGCUGGGCCAAGCCUGCCAGAUGGUGAAUGAGCUGGAGGAGGCCAAGGAGGCAUUUAGGAAACUACUGAAGCUGCAGCCAGAAUCGCCUGCUGCGUUGAAGGCACUUAAAAACAUAGCAAGUAGAGAAAAAGAGACAAAGGCUCAGUUGGGACUUAGACUCAGCAAAAUGUUCAGCUGAAGUUCAAAUAUGAUUAUUUUAUUGCCAGAUGUUGUCUGUAAAACUGUAUGUUUCUUCUCGUGAAUCACCAGUAAAUGGAAGAGCGUCUACA